CUGUACCGAGCCCUCGCAACUGGUACCGCCCUAUACGGAACCGCCUCCAUCUUCUAUCGCUUCACAGGCAGUAUCUUCAACCCGUCCGUCUCGCUCGCGUUGUGCGUCUGCAGAGUGAUCAAGCCUGUCCGCUUUGUUCUCGUUUGUAUCUCUCAAAUGCUCGGCGGGAUCGUAGCAUGUUUCAUCCUCUCGGGCCUUCUCCCCGACACUUCCAGCGUCAAUCUCAAACUCGCCGAAAACACCUCGAUGGUCCAAGGCUUGUUCAUCGAGAUGUUCGCCACAACAACCUUGAUCCUCACAGUGUUGAUGCUGGGUGUCGAAAAGCACACUGUCACACCUCAUGCGCCGCUCGGCUUUGGCUUCACCCUUCUAGCCUCAACCUUGUUUGCAAGCCAGUACACCGGUGCAGGAAUCAACGUUUCCAGAGCGUUCGGAUCGGCCUGCGUCGAGGGCUUUCAAACGUAUCACUGGAUAUACUGGGUAGGACCGACGUUAGGCUCAUUGCUCGCUUGUGCAUUCUACGAGUUUCUGAAGCUCAUCAAGUACUGGUGA